AUGCAAACGUCAUACCUGAGCUGGCGUCUUUUUUUUUUUUUUUUUUAUUCCUCUAAACGCUCGUUUUACCCAAACAACAGAACGCCCGUUUCGAAAUCCUACGAAGAAGCACAUCCCGCGUCUGCAGAACCCGCGUCGCCUGCCCAGCGCCACCCCGCGACGGCCAUCACUCAGUCCAGCGACACCCACCGACGGCUCAUCUCCACCUGUUGCGAUUUCGCAAGUGUUGGUUGGAUAAGCUUUAUAGUAGAGGCUAUUACCAAUUUAAAGGAACUGAGGGGUUCUGACAGGGCUGCAAUUGCUUUGUACAUAGAGAUGAUGGAAUUUCAUGUAGCAAGAGUAUCGAACGUGCAUUGGGUCCAUCACUGUACUGGUGCAGCUCCAUCUUCAGCCAAAAUGUCUAUAACUGUAAAUAUGGCUAGGCUUGUAAAUGUGGGAAAUGGGAGAUUGAUAUGUGAAUUGUGUUUGCUAUUUUUGGGAUCAUUUUGUUAAAAGUUCAUAGAUUUUUCCAAAUUUUAGAACUGAAGUGAGAGAAGUAAAAGGCCACCAAAAUAAUUACAUAUAGGGACUUCAGUUGCCAAGUUAAAUAUGUAUUUCAGAUGUCCUUGCGACUGUCAUUUUAACCAAUGGAAGAGUAAAUGAAGAAAAGAAUCAUUUUCAA